GUGGAAUGGACAGUCCCCAGGAUUGCCUUCUGGAAGGCUGUGAAUGUGUCCGUUCCGUAACCUGGAAACGGUCUUUCGAAAAGCCGAUAUUCCACAUCCUGUAUGAACCUACCCAAAUGGAGAUUUUCAUGGCCCAUAGAAGCUGGCACUCCGUCCCGGCAGGCGGAACAUGGCAGCGCUGCUGACCAAGCUCUUCGAACAGCAUCUGGGAGGGCACAUUUUGCAGUCUCUGGACGGGUUUGUGUUUGCACUAAACCAAGAGGGGAAGUUUCUUUACAUCUCCGAGACGGUGUCUAUUUACCUCGGGCUCUCGCAGGUGGAGCUGACGGGCAGCAGCGUCUUCGACUACAUCCAUCCCGGAGACCACCCCGAGGUUGCUGAGCAGCUGGGGCUCAAGCCGCCUCUCAGUGCCGUCAGGCCCCCGCCGGCGAGCCAGAAACCCCCCGGCCUCACCGGGGCCAGCUCUUCCUCCUCCUGCACCUCCUCCCUGAUCGAGGCCUCUGAGCCCGGUAAAGGGGCUUCUCUUGCUUGAUCCCUCCCCAGUUCUCUGCCGCUGUGAAACGAACCGGCAAUCCUAAAGGCCAGGUCUCCCCCCUGCUCUAACCACUAGACUCUACUCCCGUCCCAGAGCUGGGAGUGGAACCCAUAAGUCCUGGUACCCCACCCUCUUUGCUCUAACCACUAGACCUCCCACCCCCACUCUUUGUCUUCCCUUCU